AUGGGUCUCAAGAUGGCUGAAUGUGAACCCUUUCCAGUCUCCAACUUCUUCGACAAAUCAAACCUCCCCUCCCAUACCGACCCUCCAUUUAUCCCCUACUGGGCCCGGUGCCAUACGCAGCGCGCAAAAAAUCUCCUCGACUGUACCGACGAACCGAUCGAAUACGACCACGACGACGAGGAUUACAGCGACAACUGCUUCUUUUUCCCAGAAGAUUGCUCGUGGACACCUCCAAAAGAGUCGGUUGUUGAAGCGCAUUUCAAAGCCCUCAAGGAGAAAUCCGAUAUUUCAGUGGCAGCACCUACGCGGACCAUCCCAGACGCUACCGGCAACAUGAUUCCUGGGCUUCCUGAUAUCAAGAUGCUCGACUCGGAGGCGCUGGGUGACUUGCUGGAAGACAACCUUUCCCCGCCAGAGAUCACCACAAUUCUCGUGUUCGCAACCAACGGUGCUGUCUUCGCCUACGGAUCUACCCUUUCAUCUCGCCAACUACGAAACCUUAGCGCCACAUACGGUGCUGCCUACACGUGCUACGCAAAGACCGCCUCCAGCGGGAAUCUGACUGGUGUGAACCCCGCCAGCCAUCCGUCCUCCUACGUAACAGCCCAGUCCAUGUCCCUCGGCGACGUAGGCUCAAUCGUUUUCGAGCUUGACGACUCGGUAGCGGUGGUAACACGUAUUGCUGACAAAGUUCUGCUGGCUGCCGUUGGCCCCUCUAAGCCGGAUACUGGCGCGGCAAAUGGAACUGGCGAGCAUAUCGGCGGAGACGGAGCUAUACCCGGCGACCUGAGCAACGGCGCUACUUCGGACAGCUUAGGGGACGGCCAUCGCACUCCAACAGCACCACCCUCUCCCAACCCACCGCCGCGCGAUGGAAACGAGACGCAGCAUGAGAUAGAUCGGAGUGCAGAUCUGGCCCGGCUUGCAAGCUUAAACCUCUCCGCCUCGCCUUCUGUCUUGCUUGCCCUGGAGUCGAAGUGCGCGGCACUGGGGAGAUUCCUUGGGUCAAAACUCGACGAUUUAGACAGCCCAGAGGACUUCUAA